GGGGAGGCACCUGCACCUUUAAAAGUCAGAUAAACAGGAAAAUUCCAAGCGUGGCAGCUUUUCGUGUCAGUGCAGUCAUGCUGUGAUGGCGAAAGCAAAGCUGCAGCUAACAAUUUCCCCGCUUUGGAACUAAAGUCUAAAGGGAAAAAUCUCUACGAAAAAACGCGCGGAGGAUUGCAGCCUUGAAGCACAGGCGACGCCCCAUCAUUUCUGGAAUUUGCAUAAUUUUCCACCACUCGUUCCCGAUAGGUGGCGCACAAGUUUUCCCAGAAACACUGCCGAGCACGACAAGAGACGCUCUAGCCUCCCACUUUCCUGUGCCCCUGUGUAUUAGCCUCUUCCGCUUUAGGAGGCCGGCCCUUUCGGUGGGUGCUGGAGACGCCGGGAAGAUGGUGAACGUUCCAAAAACCCGCAGGACUUACUGCAAAAAGUGUGGCAAGCACCAGCCCCACAAAGUGACUCAGUAUAAGAAAGGCAAAGAAUCUCUGUAUGCUCAGGGAAAGAGAAGAUAUGAUCGCAAACAGAGUGGCUAUGGUGGUCAGACGAAGCCUAUUUUCCGCAAGAAGGCCAAGACCACAAAGAAGAUUGUGCUGAGGCUGGAGUGUGUUGAGCCAAACUGCAGGUCCAAGAGGAUGCUGGCCAUUAAGAGAUGCAAGCACUUUGAACUUGGAGGAGAUAAGAAGAGAAAGGGCCAAGUCAUCCAGUUCUAGACAUUCAGCUUGUACUUUUGCUAUGGAACCCAUUAAAAUCCAAUGGAAAUGCA